AUGUUGGCCCAUCUGCAGUGGAUGGUCCUUGGGAACUGUUACAGCUUCCUCAUCAAGUGCAACAAGCAGACAUACAGCCCCAAGCCCAACAACCACAAGGCCCAAAACUCCUUCCGCUACAACAGGCUGAUCCACUGGAAGACAGUGGGCAUCGAGCCGGCCACAGACAGCAAGGGCAUUGUGGUGGUACUGAAGUGGCAGGCAGGUCAGAGGAAGCCUGCCACUUGCUAUGUGAGGACCACCAUCAACAAAAAUGCCUGGGCCACGCUCAACAGCAUCUGGCACAUCAUCUGCAAGAAUAAAUACCAGAAAGGUCUCUGCAUGGCCAAUCUGUGCAAGACCAGUGCCAUCCUGCAGAGCCAGAAUCCAGUGGUGGUGAAGGAGAAGUGA